AUGGACGUGGAUGCUUCUCUGAUCGGAAAUAACAAUGCUGCUUGUUGUGGAUUAGCCAGAAAUUCAGAAGGUGAAUGGAUAAGGGGCUUCACUUGUAACCUUGGUAAUAUCCCUAUCAGUAUAACAGAGGUCAAAGCUAUCCAACUAGGAAUGGAGACUUGUAGAAGUAGGAAAAUUGAGAAAGCCCACAUUUUUUCAGAUUCAUUUGAUGUUGUCAAUUUUUUCUAUAAAGGAGUUCUAGAUUCCUACCCCUUCUAUGAAGAGGUUACAGUUGUACAGGAGUUGAUUGUCACUCAACAAGAUUACAAGAUUCUCCAUGCCCCUCGUGAAGCUACUCUUUAUGCUGAUUUUCUUGCAAAGCAAGCCCACCAUCAUCCUUGCGAUCUAAUACAACUGCUUGAAGCCCCUAGGGGAUGUGAAGUUUAUCUCCUAGCUAACAAGAGUGGGAUUAUACCCAUAGCUUCUAACAUUAUCUAG